AUGGUGGACGUCACGGCGGAGACCUGCGCAGCUACUGUGGUGUCCGGCUGGAUAGCCCGAUUCGGCUGUCCUGCACUGGUGACUACAGACCGUGGUCGCCAAUUCGAAAGCCAUCUCUUCAAAGCUCUCACAAAGUUGGUUGGUGUGCGUCACUUACGCACAACCGCCUAUCACCCAGCUGCGAAUGGUAUCAUCGAACGACUUCAUCGCCAACUCAAGGCAGCGAUCAUGUGCCACACAUCAUCACAGUGGACGGAAGCCCUUCCACUGGUUCUCUUGAGCAUGCGCAACUCAUGGAAAGAGGAUCUCCAAGCUACUCCUGCUGAAUUGGUAUAUGGUCAAACUCUCAGCUUACCAGGCCAAUACUUAUCUCCAAUAGACGACUACACCACGGCAGACGUCACAGAGUACGUAACACGUCUACGAUCCUGCAUGGCUAAGCUCACUCCCAAGCAGACAUCAUGGUACACCAGCACGAUAACGCCAUUCUACAUACCACGGGACCUCCACACAUCCUCUCAUGUUUUACUUCGCCGAGAUCACGUUCGAAGCUCACUCGAACCACCCUACGACGGACCCUUCAAAGUACUGGACAGACAAGCCAAGUACUACACUAUAGACAUAAGGGGAAAGAGAAAUAACGUCUCUGUUGACAGACUAAAACCAGCGUACAUGGCCAAAGAAAUCAAAGACCCGGAACCCAAAUUCCCUACGGAAACUAUUGCCAACAAGGAGAAAAUCACGCGGAGUGGCGUUUCGUAA